CAAAAACAUUGCAUUGAAUGGGAAAUCCCCUUCACGAAGAUGAAACAAAUAUCACACUCCAUCCUCAUCGAUCAGUGUACACAAAUAGUCUUCAAUAGCAAAGAUGUUGCAAAUUGCACUCACAGUUCUUCUACUCGGCUGGACAGUCCUACAAGCUAAUUGCGUUCUCGAACUAAACCAAGAAUGUACCACACCUGGUGGAUACCUUGGCCGAUGUAUGCCGGUGCGCAGAUGCAAAUUUGUAUCUUCUAUCCUGCACAAGGAUCCGUUCACCAAAGAUGACCAAAAGUACUUGGAGCAGUUCCGCUGUGGUAGACUGGCCAACAGUGGGAAGGUGCUGAUGUGCUGCCCGCAGCUGCAAAGCGAAGAGAAUUGUGGACGGUUGACAUUCCAGAAUUACAUCCUUGGUGGGGAAGAGACUGACCCGGACGAGUAUCCUUGGAUGGCAUUGCUGGGCUAUGAAGACGGCCGAGGUCGGAAAAGCUACGGCUGCGGAGGGACGCUGAUCAAUGAGCGAUAUGUUGUGACGGCUGCUCACUGUGUCGAUAGAAUGCGCGUUCGUAAGCUAGUUGACGUUCGCCUUGGGGAAUGGGAUUUGGAUACAACAGAAGACUGUAGUGCUACCAGAUGUUUUGAAGGAUACCAAGACGAUUAUUUAGUAGAGAAAAUCAUAGUCCAUGAACAGUACUCUUCAAAGAAUCUCAACAAGAUCCAUGACAUCGCUCUGCUCAAGUUGAAUAAAACCGUAGAACGAACCGAACUUGUCGCCCCGAUAUGCAUACCAACGCCCGAAAUGGUCAAUUCAAUCAAUGUAGAAGAAAGUACUUUCGAUGUGACUGGUUGGGGAAAAACCGAAACAGGAUUCUCAAGUCACCGUAAGAUGAAGGUUUCGUUGCCGGGCCAAACGAUCGAUGUGUGCAACAAAGCGUUCGCAGCAGCCAAGGUGAACUUCACCGAGAGUCAACUGUGCGUCGGUGGGGUCGACGGGAAGGACUCGUGCAAAGGUGACUCCGGAGGACCGUUGAUGAUGAUCAUGAAAAACCGAUGGUACCUGAUGGGAAUCGUAAGCAUUGGAGCGAAACCAUGCGGGAAACAGGGAAUGCCUGCCGUCUACACACGAUUCGGAAGCUACCUGGAUUGGCUGGCUGCCAAGAUCGAGUUGGAGAGCCGCAACAACUAAAUUUAAAUUAAUUAUAAGUUACGAGACGAGCCAGCCUCGGGCUGAAAGUCUCGAUAAUAAAGACAAAAAAAAUAAUUUUAAAUAUUUUUUUAGCUAAACGAUGCCAAAAGCACAAAAACGAUAAGACAAACCAUGCUAGAGAAUUUUUUAGGUUUUUUUAUCAUGAUUAAUAUCCAAUAGUUAAACAUGAAUCAAAAUGGCGAAGCAAUGAUGCAAAUUAUGUUUUUUGAUCUUUUUGCCUUUCUCGUGCAACAAAGUUGUACCGAAAGGCGAUCAUUUCACUCCAAUAUCGAACUUUUUAUAGAAGGCUCAGAGACCCAUAGUGUUAUAUACCAAUCGACUCUGCUUGACAAACUGAGUAAAUGUCUGUCUGUCCGUGUGUAUGUGUUUUUGUGCCAUAAAAAACAUUAACCAAUUUUUCGCAUAGUAAUUCUAAACCGAUUCCCAGAAAGUUACUGUCGACAGAGAAUAAAGCGUAGUUGAUCACUAUUGAAUUUCAUAACGUUUGGGCAUUCCAAAUAAAUCUAAAUUCUAAAAUAGUUAUGAAACAUAGUAAUUAAGUUAUAGCAUGCCAUAAAAUGCCUUGAAGUAUCAACCCUUGCAAGCUCUUCUACUCGAUUCAGUACACGACUUUAGUUCAUUCA